UUCACUUCAAGCCCCGUGUCGUGGUACGCGCGUGUGUCGUCUACGCGUGGGUUUAACAAAACUAAGUUUGGUGGACGUGUAGGGGUCAUUUGAUAUGUUUUGUGCCACAGACGUGCCUUCUUUGCCGCUUAUUAGGAUCGUACACUGUUGACGGAGUUCAGCGAUUGCACCCACAAUCAUGUCGGAUCGCGAGCCGCGGUCACGCAGGAAGCGCAAAGCGGCACAGGAGAAAGCUGCGUUAGAACCUACAGUGCAUCCAAAGCUGCCAUCCGAGAAAGAAACUAGCAAAGGCAGCCGCACACAGGAGGAUGUGCAGGAAAGGCGUAGUAGUACAGUGAAAAUUGCCUUUGUUUUAGUUUUCACUGCCUUGGGCUUUGCUCUGGCUGCAGUAAUCUUCUCACUAUAUGGUGUUACUGGACAUAGAGAUGCAGAUGAUUCUCUAGUCUAUCCACAAGCUGAACCUUUAUAUGAAGAUGACAUUGCAGUACAAAAUGAAAUAAACGAAUUCCUUGAUAGGCCAGUAAGUGUUGAAGAGAAUUAUGCAACUGUUGGGAAUGCACCGAGUGAAUCUUCCUCCUCGAGCCAAGCGCUUUAUGGAAGCGCUGAUGAAAGUCACGCCAGCGCAGAGAAUACAGUGGAAAUUCAGCCCUCCAUGUCAGAACCUGUGGCUGUUGAAAUGACUCAUGCAGAAAGUGUUGUUACGGUUGAUGCUCCGAUACCCGUGCACACAGUGAUUGAAAGUGAAAGCCGCGAGUUACUUUAUGAAGACAGUAGUGAGACUGAAGCAUCUGCUGUGCAACUGGAAUCUCUGUUAAGCACUGAAGAAGCUGCAGUUGCAGAUGAAGUUUCCAUAGCUGCACAUCCUGAAAUAGAAACCUCAAGUUUUUCAGAAAGCACACCCCGAGCCGAUGUGACGACACACCAGGGGGAUGAUGAAAUAAUACCGACAACACUAGUUCAAGCAGGAGGAUCUGACUUUCCAGAAGCAUCUCAUGCGAGUAGUGCAACAGUUGAGUCUGUAGUAGAAAGCCUACCAUCUACAUUUCAAGAAGAGCCCAGUGAGGCAGAUGCACAAGGAGAAUUCAUUGAACGUCAUUUAGAAGAAGCUGAGGAACUUCUUGAGAAGUUCCCUGAAAAAGCACUUGCCCAGUUUAACAGCAUCCUUGGCACUGAUUCCCUGAACCCGAGAGCCACUUACGGAAAAGGCAGGGCUCUUGAAAAGCUAGCUGAGAUAAAGAAAAGUAAUGCCAUUGUAGAAGAUGCCAUUAAGGCCUACCUGGACACAAUGUCACUCCCCAAGGUGCCCAAUGAACUGUACCUCGAAGCUGGCAAGAGAUGCGCUGACCGUAUGAGGUUCCUUGGUGCCUACAAAAGAGCCCUGAGGCUACAGUUGGAGAUGUCCGAGAAACUUCCCGAAAACGUGGGUGUGAAAAACCAGAUAGCUGUCUCGUACCUGAUGAUGGGACGAGGAAAGGAGGCAGCCAAGGUUCUCGAGGAGGUGCUGCAACGCGACAAGGAAAAUGGCUUCGCUAAAGUGCACUACGGCUUCAUAUUGAAGACCGAGAGGAAUGACAUGGAAGGUGCUAUAAAGUACAUGAGAGAAGGCAUUGCUACAAAAGAGCCUGGUGUCACCGACGGAAGGUUUUACUUUCACCUCGGAGACGCCUUAGCCCGCACUGGACGAGCCAAAGAGGCAGAGGCAGUGUACAAGGAGGGCGUGAAGGAGGGACUGUUCUUCUCCGUUUAUCAACGUUCCCUGUAUAAUGUGCGUGGGUUGAAGGCACAACCCUGGUGGCGCGCAGGGGAAACACCCUAUGCGGCAAGCAUUCGGGAACUCGAAAGAAAUUGGAAAGAGAUCAGAGAUGAGGCUAUCUCUUUGAUGGAUGAUAGAGGCUUCCUUCCAGAGUCCGAAAACCUCCGGGACACUGGUGACUGGAGACAGUUUGAAAUGUUUUCUAGGGGACGCAAACUUGAUCAGAAUUGUCAACGAGCCCCAAAAACCUGCGCACUAGUCAGCAAGAUACCUGAUGCAGCAAAUUGCAAAAGAGGCCAGGUGAAGUUUUCCAUCAUGCAUCCGGGCACACAUGUCUGGGCACACACUGGUCCAACAAACUGUCGACUCCGGGCACACCUAGGUCUAGUUGUUCCACCUAAGGUGCGAAUACGUGUGGCUAACGAUACCAGGACUUGGAAGGUUGGAAAAUUUAUAAUUUUUGACGACUCGUUCGAGCAUGAGGUGUGGCACGAAGGAGAGAGUUUUCGACUAGUGCUCAUAAUGGAUCUCUGGCAUCCUGACCUCACACCUCAUCAGAAGGCUACGUUAGCACCAAUAUAACACUGUAGCAUCUUCCACGUGAUGCAAGUGUGGAGCUCCACAUUCUGGUCUGUAUUCCAAUAAGUAUGUGGGAGCAUGGUAAGCCCUGCCACAGUCCCAAUCAUUUCUGGGGUUCAAGAGGAAUUUCAGCUCCUACAAAGACAUCACCGAAGUUGGCCUACAUUGAAGGAAAUGCAUUCUUCUCCUGUGGCAGCAGAGCCACUCGGUAUGUCGCCCACUGAUGUAGCAUUACCGGUUCAGUCGUGCCAUAGAGUAGGCUCAUAUAUGUAUACGAACAUUCGUAAAAAUAUGCACAUCAGAAGUGCUGAAGCAAAAAACACUAUUCUAUAUGGUCAUACAGGACCCGAGUCUAACAAAUGCUUUAUGUAUUUGCUCUGGUAAAUACUAUGCACUAGGACAAUAUCUACUAUGCAAUAGGACAAAAGGGAGAUCCAGUGUGGGUAUUGGACAGCUCACCAGUUUGCAUUAUGUUCUCUGUCAAGAAGCCAAACAGCAGUUGUUGUGCAAUCUAUACCACGAUAAGGAAGUUACACUAUCGACACUUGCAAGCAAUAGGCUGUUCAAGGGCUUCACUGUGGCCUCACAUUAGGCUGUGUCUUUGACAUUGUGUAAAGAUGAUCCCACCCAUGCUCAACAUUGUUGAUAAGACAUAUGAAUGAAUCUGCAUGCUCCAGUGUCCAUGUGGCAAAAGUAAAAAAAUUAAGUAAAUUAAGUCAAAAUUAUUUUAUUUUUGUCUUCAUUAGCACUUACACAUAGAGGGUAACCCAGGGGCUAAAUUUUGCGAUGUCACGAAGCACAAACCUUAAAAGGAGCAAAAGUACUAAGGAAAGUGGAUUUCAUAAAAAGUUAUUGGUUUCGGCUGAAUGCACCCGUGACGCCCACAUGCUGACCUGCCCCUGCAGGACCUUUUUAAUUUUGUUGCAAUGUCACAGUACUGUAGCAGAGCAAAUCGGCAAAAUAAAAAGUACAUAUUCUUGAAGGCGGCUAUUUUUUAGUAUUAAGGAAGUAAAGCAGCUAUUUCUUAGGAUAGGACCAACCGCAGAGGCAGGUAUUAUGGUGUGAACAAAAUCACUGAAGCAGCGAGAAAUGAUGUUACAUUCAUAAAAAAAAGUUUGCGUACAAAUCCAGCAAAAAGUUGCAAAUCUUCUACAUGUAUGCAUUUUCUUCUUCUAGUCAUCAUGUUAAACUUUUGUUUGAAGAAAAAUAUGCCUCCGCAUUCAAAUCCAUACCCCACUUGUUCUACAUGUUGCUCACAAGUGAAGAGCAAAUAUACUCUGAAUUUAUAUCUGCUUAUUUAUAUCUGCUAUGACUGUGCUGUAAUAGGUGGAUUUGUGCUAAGUUUCAUGCCUUUGCUGAAUAAUUAUCUUGAAAUUUGACCUCUGAAAACUGUUCCCUAAGUAACGUUCUUUCGUGCGUCUUACAUGUAUUUAUAAAACUCCAAAUUGCACACAAACAACGAGAAAUAGCCAAGGCAGGCUACAAACAUUAACGACACAAACACAUAAGCCAAACAACUUGGGAAAAAUCCUGGGUCAGCACCUUCCCCCUCCCCAGAGUUGUUUGAUUCCAGUUGUGCAUUUUGCAUGACUCCCAUUAUCAUAAAUGCAUUUUGGGUGACAUGAGCAACAACUAGCAUUACUGUUAUCAUCACAGUUCUGCAUCAACAUACCUCAUAUUAAGUGCAAUAACAUGUGUGGUGCAAUAACCCUCAUUGAGUGGAAGUCAGUCAUGGUGACAUACACGUGUGCCUUACUUGCGUACAUUGUUGUUGCAGAAAUGUGCACUGCACAACCUCUAUUAUGCUAUACACACGUAAGUGCUCAAACCCAGACAUUUAUUUUUCUUGUUACAAUGAACUGCAGGAAGACUGGGUUGUUAUAAUGCGCAGUUGCUGGUAAGCUGUAACCGAGUCUACCCAAGAAUAAAUCCCAUAAUCACCCUGGCCACCUGGUGGAAAAUGUUGUCCACUGGUAAAGUGCUAUUCCGCGUAUCCCACCUUUCAAAUGUUACCACCACCAUUGAAUGUGAACAAAAUCCCAUGGCAACAGCAUCGAAGGAAGCCCUCUUUUGCUCGUACUGUUGUGGAUUCAAACACAUGACACCUCAGCUUCGUUGCUCCUUGGUUCCAACAAUAGCUAAAUUUGGCAGCUGCGUUGCCAAGCAUAAUUCUAGCGAUCUGCGAUAGACUCUGACGUCCCACUGCUAAUACUCAUUCAAGUGCAAAUGUAAAUGUGUGUGUACACAUGCCACAGCUUUGGAGCCCAACUACCACAUGUGCCUUUGUGCUGAACACAUAAGUAGUGCAUUGUAAAAGUAUCUAUGCUUGAGCAGAGAUUUGUAUGAAUACUCAUAUGUACUGCAAUAAAUCCCUUUUUGCAGAACA